UGUUUUGAAGCGGGGGAAAAUGGUAAGUGGCGUGGCAUCCAUUCCAUCCGGCCGGCGAGAAUCUCACCAGGUGCAGGCAGGAGCGAAAUCUUCCUAUAAAUAUCAUCGGAUUUUCUUCGAUUUCGUUCAUACUUAUCAGGGAGCGAAAUCUUCCUAUAAAUAUCAUCGGAUUUUCUUCGAUUCUCUCUCAUCCCGUCUCGUCUGCGUUAUCCGAUUUGCCUUGUAAUUGUAAUCUUUCAGUUCUUUGUUCUUUCUUCGUUUCUUGUUUUGUGCGAGUUGGGUUGGGUUGAGUUGAGUUGAGUUGAGUGAGGGUUCCAUCUCUCUCUGCUGUUGUGGUUGCCGUUGCCGUUACUCUCGCUGUUGCCAUUGUUUGCUUAUUUAUUUAUUUUUAUAAAUCUUGAGAGCCUGUCGAUCAAUUUCAUAAACUCGACGCCAUUCCUGUGUCGCGUCUGUGGAUCAGGUAAUUGAUGCCAUUUUUUCUUUCGAAACAUAUGGGACAGACACUUGCCCACCCUUCUCUCUCGGAAAACAGCUCGAAGAUUUUGUUCAAGGCAACUUUAAGAAUACUUUGGGAUUCCCGGUUUUUGCCAGCUUUAUAAUGAAAACUUUGAAUCGAGUCGAUCCGAUUAGGCCAAAAAUCCUAAAGGCUAUACGCAAUGUGUGUGUCUCCGCGUUUGCAUCCUCUGUUAUCGUGUUCGCAGUCGUUUCUAUCACCUAUCAAUCCUCUGAUCAGUGGCAGUCGUCCAGAGCCCCCACCGAGGUUUUCGCUGAACCCCAAAAUGCCACAUUGACGACCAAUGCUUACGUCCUCAGAACUGGUGUGGAUACUAAUACAGCACCUCUGGCAAGAACUGAUGGAUCACAUUUAUUUGUUAAAGAAGCUACCCUAGAGGGAUAUCGAGAGGAAAGGCCAAACUUGAAAUCUGACCGUCCAGCGGCUGUGAAGGUGGUCAAUUGUUCUGAUCCUGGAGUUCUAAUGGCGAUUCAGAGUUUCAAUUUGAGAACGUUCACGGGGUUGGAGUUCUUGGAAUAUCAGACUCCGGUACAAGGGACAAGAGCGAACGAAUGUGAUGUGGCUUGGAGGUUCACAAGCAAGCUCGAGAAGUCGAAAUGGAGGAAGUAUAGGGAUUUUCGAAGAUACACGAUGGGGUACAAUGAGGAUUUUAGUUACACGGUGAUACGCUCAGGGCGCUGGCAUUCUGGUUCCAAUGCUCUUAGUUCAAGGAAUCGAGCAAGAGCCAACGUGAAUAUUCGAAAUCCUGAAAUGGAUACUGUUGUCCAGGAUGAUGAGAUCAAAGACAAGAUGGGAUUGGAGUCGAGGUUUAGGGAGGGCAGGUAUUUGUACUAUUCGCGGGGAGGGGAUUAUUGUAAGAACAUGAAUCAAUACACUUGGAGCCUCCUGUGCGGUCUUGGUGAGGCCAUGUAUUUGAACAGGACUUUUGUGAUGGACUUGAGCAUGUGUUUGGCAUCUUCGGAUACACAGGGCGACAAUGGUGUGGAAGGCAAAGAUUUUAGGUUCUAUUUUGAUUUCGAACAUUUGAAAGAGGCGGCUUCAGUAGUGGAUGAUGUUGAGUUUAUAAGAGACUGGAAGAGAUGGGAUAAGCAGCAUAAAUCGAAAAUUUCUUGUAGAAAGAUCAUAAACCAUAAGGUGACACCGAUCCAACUAAGAAGAGAAAAAAGCACGAUACUAUGGAGGCAGUUUGAUGCUCCUGAGCCAGAGAAUUAUUGGUAUCGAGUAUGUGAUGGUCCGGCAUCCAAAUACGUCAAGAGACCGUGGGAUGCUCUUUGGACAUCAAAGACAGUAAAGAACAUAGCUACUGAAAUAAUUUCAAGCAUGGGCUCAGAUUUUGACGCCAUUCAUGUAGUUCGAGGAGAAAAGGCAAUGAACAGAGAGCUUUGGCCAAAUCUGGAUGCUGAUACUUCCCCCGAUGCCCUUCUCGCUAAACUUCAGGGGGAAAUUCCGGCUUGGAGGCAUCUAUAUAUUGCAACAAAUGAACAUUCCUACCAUUUCUUUGAUAAGCUGAGAUCUCAAUACUAUGUUCAUUUGCUCGAUGAUUACUGCUAUUUGUGGGGGAAUACAAGUGAAUGGUAUAAUGAAACAACUCGUUUGAAUGGUGGUCGCCCAGCCGAGUUUGAUGGUUAUAUGAGAGUUGCAGUAGACAAUGAGGUUCUCUAUAGAUCAAAGACUAGGGUAGAGACAUUCUAUAACUUAACUAGAGAUUGCAAGGAUGGAAUCAAUAAGUGCUAAACAGGGAUGAAUUCCCAUACUUUUAUUUGUUUUGGCGUGGCCUUUUUUAUAGGGUAUUCAAAUGGGAGCACGGUGUCGAACAUGUUAUAGAACUUCCUUAUUAAAUAUGUCCGAUAAAGUUGCAUACAUUUAUAUUUCAAAAUUGCAUGUAUUUACUCAGUAUAACCUGUUACCGUUUAUUGCAUUGUGUAUUGUAAGUAACAUACUAUGCAGAUUAAAAUGCACCGGCACGUGCAUUCGGGGGAAAAAAUGGGUUAUAGGGAAGU